AUGGGCUACCCGUGGCAACUCGACGAGGAGAGCCUCGAAUACAUUGAAGCUCUCACACCCGAGGAACAGCCAUUGGCGCUGCAAGCAAACAACGACUUCAAUCAGUGAGUGGACGCAGGCAUGUCAUGCCGGAAAGCGGUCGCAGAUGCUAAACGGCUUUUUGUCCGUGUCCAUAGACAAUCACUCUUGAUUCCGUCUAUCUUCGUCUUCGUCAUCCUCGGCGGCUUUGCGCUGCUUGUCCUGGGCGCCGCAUUCCUCCGUCUCCUCAAUUGGUCGACUUCUGGUCGUCUCUACAAAUUGGCGCCCAAAUUCGUUUCCAAACACAUCGUCGAUGCGCCGCUUGUAUCAAGCCGACAUGCAUCGCCUGUCCCCAUGACUCCCGGUUUCGGCAAGUCGAAGACAGCACAAGGCAAAAUGCAUCCACUCUCCAUCGCCUUGCCCUUGCGAGGGCAGACGGUCAUCUUGGCCCUGCUCGUCUUUCUCAAUUUGCUCGGCAUCUGCGCUUUUUACAAGACCGAUGUCAACAACUACUACUGGCCCGGCGACACGUUCAUCCAGAGCUGCCGAUAUCUUUCUGACCGUGCCGGUGUCCUUAGUCUUGGGCAAUUGCCUCUCGUCAUCUUGCUUUCGGGACGCAACUCACCGGUGCGCGCUUUGACCGGACAGGACUUUACCACCGCGAUGAUGUACCACCGCUGGGUCGCCAGAAUAGUCGCCCUUCAGGCUGUCAUUCACUCCAUCGGCUACACUGUUUACUCCCUGCACUACGGCAAAGCAAACCUUGCAACAGCUUUCGCAGACCCUUACUGGCGGUGGGGAGUCGUGGCAACAGUCUUUAUGGCUGUGAUGAUCUUUCAGAGCAUUCGCAUGCUCCGAGAAGUCUGCUACGAAGCUUUCGUACUGAUCCACAUCGUCUUUGGCGUCCUCACACUGGUCGGCACCUACUACCACAUUGCCCUCCUUGAGGCUUCGUCCUACAAGCUUUUCAUCGACUUCAUCUGGAUCUCGACUGCCUUCUGGGUCUUUGACCGCGUUGUACGUCUCCUCUUACUAGUGUUCAUCAACAUCGACGUCACUCGCAAUAGCGGCGCUUUCUUCACUCGCGGCACCAUCUCCCUUGCCAGUGGCUCUGGAGACAGCGAUGAGGAUCUGUUGCGCGUGCGCAUCUGGCCAUCCGGCCCAAUGCGCAAGCGCUUUGCGGCUCUUGCACCUGGAUCAGACAUCCUGCUUCACGUGUCAUUGCUCGAACCCAUGACUUCACAUCCCUUCUCCGUCAUUGCUUCUGGCACCGACGCAAAGGGUCUCUAUGCUGACAUGCUUGUCCGCGUUCGCAAGGGCAUGACUCAAAGGGCUCAAAAGAAGCUCAGGAAGCUCAUCGUUUCCGAGGGACCUACGGCCAGCUUCGAGACGCUGAUGUUCGUGGAAGGACCGUACUCCGCAAAAGUAGAGGUGAGUGUCAUAGUCAGAAGGGCGCAGACGGUCAAGCGCUAGCUCUGACCUUGUCAUCGCCACCAUUUCCAUCGCAGAUCUCUGAGCAUGAUGGCGGUGCGCUCUUGGUGGCAGGUGGUGUCGGUAUUGCGCACACUCUGCCCAUUCUCUGCGAGUCGAUCAAAGCCGAAGCUGCUUGCAAUGGUGGCAAGACCCAAGGCGACGCUGGCGAAUCCAGCGGCGCUGCUGCACAACGCACUGUCGAGAUGCGCUGGAUGUGCAAGUCCGCUGCCACUUUCGAUGUCGCCCUGCCUUACCUAGAAGAAGCCGUGCUGCAGCUACGUGCUGCUCGCGCGAGUGGCACCGCGACGAAGCGCACGGCCUUCCGUGUUCAUCUCUGUCGUACAGAAAGCUCGAGCAAGGAGGACGUCUCUGAGAAGGACGCGGCAUCUAUAGACUCGCCAAGCGCCACCGAUGAGAAGGCAGCACCGACAGACGUGCCGGAGCUCGGCAAAGAGGUGCCUCACACGCAAAACCUGUCCUCUUCCGCGCACGCGCGCUUCGACGCCCUCAAGCCCGAAAUUGACUUUCGAUGGUCUGUUGGAAGAACAGAGAUUGGGGAAGCAAUUUCGAGCAUCAAGUCGGAAUCUCACUUGUUUGCGUCUGGACGAAACCCAACGUUCUGCGUCGCUGCUUGUGGACCUCCAACGCUCCUGGACGAUGCCAGAGCUGCCGCACGCGCUGCCGACGUCGAAUAUGAAGGCGCACCUUUUGCUUGGUAA